GCCGCCCUCACCCACAACGGGCUGAAGGAGACGCUCCUCGACUUCCAGUGGGACCGCCCAGAGAUCGCGUCCCCCACCAAGCCGCUCCGCAGGAGCCUGAGGACGGGGCUGGCCGCCGGCGAGCCCCCGGAGAGCCAGGCGCCGCCCGAGGGCUUUGUGAACGCCGUCUUCCUCUUCUCCCCCUGCCCCCACUCGCGGAGGGAGCUGCGGCAGUUCGUGUCUGGGAGCGACGCCCCUUCCUCCCCUCGUGAACCGCCCACGGCUCAGGAGCUGGCGGAGAAACUCCUGCCCAGGAGUGUCCAGGAGCUGAUUGUGGAGCAGAAAAUCACGCUGUUCUGGGUGGACACUGCCGAGUGGUCUCAGCUGAUCGAAUCCCCAGAUCAUGUUGGAUACUGGACAAUGUUUGAACUGAUCCAUCAGACGGGAGGCACCAUUUUGCCAGCUGAAACCUUAGUGCAACAUUUGAGUCACCACAGGGCAGAUCUUGCUCAUGGCUUUCUUAGAGACUCAAGUUCUCCAGUGCCACAGACUGUACCUUGGACCACGCUUCUGCCAUUGGACGCGACUUUGAACUGCUUGUUCUCAAAGCCCUCUGUAUUUCAAGCAGUAUUCCCCCAGCAAGAAGGGACAUUGUUUCUCAACAUGCCUGGAGGAAAGAAGCAGGAAAGCUGUGCUGUGAUCCUGGAACCCCUAGCCAUGAGCCAAAGACAACUGCAUUGUCCAGUCAGCAUCUUCCUGAAAGGUAGUUUGACGAGUUGGAGCUUGAUGCAGGCUGGCCCCUUUCUCACCGAGAGCUGGAUAUUGCAGAGCUCAGAGGCUGAGCAGGCAGAAUUUCUGACUAUACUCGGUACUGAGAAGAUCGCUGAAGUUCAGCGAUGCGACCUUGAAAGAGCUGUAGUGGAGAACUCUUCCCAAGACCAUGCUCUUCACCUCCCAGAUGUUGUGAAUAGUGUGUUGAGUAAAAUUAAUACAUCGAUGGAAGAUUCUCUGGCCAAAGAAACUCCUAUGCCAGAGUGGGUCCAACGGGAACUGUCCCAUACGGGGGGCUGGCAUCCUUCAGUGCUUGAAGCAUGGUAUCCUGCAUCGAAUGCUUGUGGAGCGAGCUCAGAUCUGAUGGAGUCAUUCAGGCUCCUGCAGGUUCCUUGUGCUAACGGGAAGGAUGAUGCAGACCAAUCUGAAGUGGAACUCUCAGAAAGUCUAUCUGAGCUGUACCAGAGAAAAUUCAGUGAAACAUCUGCUGCAGCUGGACCAGGAAAUAACAGAAAAAGACGUGGGGUUCCCCGAACUCCAGUCAGGCAGAAGAUGAAGACCAUGUCCAGGUCCUUGCAGAUGCUCAACGUAGCAAGACUGAAUGUAAAAGCUCAGAAGUUUCAACCUGAUGGUGCGCCUCCAACAGUGAAUGAGAAUGUUCCACAGAAGCUUUCAGCAAAAAGAUUGGAUGAAAAGGUGGAAGAAAAGGAAAAGGCACUUAAAAUAUCAAUAGACUUCAAAGCAGAGGAGGAACUGCAGUCUCAUUUAAUUGCAAGCUACCAGAAGGCUGUUGCUGAGGGAGUUCUUUCAUCUGUGUGUGCCCAGAGUAUGAUCAUGGCCAUUAAAAGGUUCUUGAAAGUACAAGAUGCCAAAGAGAAAGAGGUGGCCUGUGUGGAAAGAGUCAGAAACCAUCUCCUGAAGACUAGCAAAAUGCUCAGACAACAGCAUGGCUCACAGAAGGAGACCAAAGUCAGAGAGUGCCGACUUCAGGUAUUUUUGCGCCUUGAGUUAUGCCUUCAGUGCCCUUCACUGCAAAGCAACACUGAUGAAAUGGAGCAGCUGUUAGAAGAGAUGACAGAUAUGCUGCGCAUUUUAUGUCUGACUGAAGAUGCACGGUAUCUUACAAAGUUUCUAGAGGAAAUACUAGAAUUGUAUAUGAAUUCUAUACCGAAGACCCUUGGAGAUAUUUAUUACGGUCUCGGUACACAAAUACCUCCGAAGCUGGCAUCUGUUCUGCCUUCAGACUUCUUCAGUGAUGACUCUGUGACUCUGGAUAGCAAAUCUCCAGGCCUUCCACAGUCUUUAUCAUCUGCCUUAACUCCCAGCACUGUUUGCCUACGCACCGAGAGCGAACAGUUGGAGGAGCUGCGCACCAGAUCUGCCAAAAAGAGAAGGAAUAAUGUGUUAGCCAGACACAGGAGCAUGACAGAAGCACCACAAAACUUGCGUCAAAUUGAGAUUCCCAAGAUAGCCAAGAAUCCCAUCAGAAAGGAGAACUUGCGUUCUUACCUUGCCACUGAGAAGUCCCAACAGAUGCCUUUGUUGCAGAAAGAAGCAGUGCAAGAGGUUACAAAGGUAAGGAGGAACCUCUUCAACGAAGAGAUACUUUCACCAUCAAAAAGAUCUAUGAAGAAGAUGCCUAGAAGCCAGUCAGUAUCUGCUGUGGAAGGCUUAAGAUACAAAUGCACUGAUGAAGGCACUAAAGAUCAUCGCAAGUUACUGACCAAGAGAGUUGCAGAAACACCGCUACAUAAGCAGGUCUCCAGGAGACUACUACAUAAGCAGAUCAAAGGCCGGUCUUCUGAUCCAGGUUGUGACACCGGUGUUGUAGAAGAAUCUCCAGAGAAGGCCAUAAAUGAAGCAGGUUUGAGAAGAAGCCCACGCAUCAAACAGCUGUCUCUGAAUAGGACCUGCUCUGGUGUUUUCUAUUCCACUACACAGCCCAGCUCUCAAAAUUCACAGCGAGUCCAUCAGGGACAAGAGGAGAGCUGUACACUGCAGGAUGUAGAAGGCAUUAAGCGGCAUUCAGAGAGCCCCACUGUCCAGACUCCCAAGAGGUUUUUCUUUGGUGCAGUCAUUGAGUCUUGUAGCUCUGCAGUGAAGCAUUCACCUGGAAGGAAGAGAACAAGAAAAGAUUCCUUACACUUAGAGGAGCUGACUGCCUGUCAGACUCCUAGAAAAACACCUCAUAAAUUUGCCCAGAAGCCACUGAAUUCUGCCAGUAAGCUACCAAGGAGAUCACCUCGCAUUCUCCACAGGACACCACAGAAGCUGGAGAAGACUCCUGGCAAAAGUCCAGCUGCUAAGCAGACUGCAGCUAAGUGUUUGGGAAAGUACUUUUCUCAUCCUGUACAAAGGGCCAAGUCACCCUCUGUGUUAACUGAAAGUAAGAAGGUUCACUUACUGCAAGUAACUUCUAAGGAUUGUUCUCCAGCAGAAAGACUUUCUCCUCCUUGCAAAGAGGCUGGCUUACAAAUACCAGAACAUGAAGGGUUCGCAGUGCUCAAUGCCUCGUUACCUCUGACAGAUUCAAAUCUAGCUGCUUCUUCCCCCUCUGCCCUCCAGGAAAGAUUUUUUCCAGAACUACAGACUCCAAGACGUUCCUUGAGAUACCUCUCAAAAUUAGCAUCUCCAGUUGUUAGUGAUGACUUGGAACCAAGAACCCUGCUGAGAGAAGAAUAUACAGGGCUGAAGGCUCCAAGUCUUAAGAGACACUCCAGAUUUGCCCUGAAUACUUCGCCUCCUAUGCCAAAGUCCGCUCCUGCCUAUUCUUUACGCUGCACUGCAGACAGGAGGCAGCGGGAGGCUGCAGCACGGAUGGGAAAUCCUCAACUUCUAGCCAAGUUCUCUACUCCUAAAAGUCGUUGCAAACUGCCUUCUGCUAGCCCACCGACUUAUGAAGUUGAACUUGAAAUGCAAGCUUCAGGCCUGCCCAAACUUCGCAUUAAGAAAGUUGGCUCUUGCUCAUCAUUGGAAGUUCAACCUGAAGCAAGUGCCAGCAAACCUAAGGGAGGAGAAAGCCCCUUUGGUGAUCUUGCUAUGACCUGGUGUAGCAAGCACCCAGGAAAACUAGCAGCUGCUUGUGUUUCACCAUCCUGCUUUCGCUCUUUCCACAGUACACCUGGGAAAGGUGGAGGACAGACCUACAUAUGCCAGUCAUACACCCCAACAAGCUGUGCCUCUAACGCUACCUCCCCAUCCCCUUUGGAAGCAGGAGUUCCCCGGACGCCUUCUCCAAAGCAGAAGGGGAAGACUACCCCUGAUGCUAUCAACGAUUGGCCUCGGAGAAAGAGAGCAGCAGGCAGCACUGCUAAUGCUAGCUGUGGUCAAAGUGAGAAGAAUGCUGAUGAACAGAAGAGAAUGUCAACAGGCAGAGAAGGAGAGAUGAAGAUCUCAGAGCAAUGCAGCAGCAAAGUAACAAAUACUCUUGGGGAAUUUGAACUGGAAGGAAUUUACAGGCUUCAGGAUCAGGCAUCUCCUAGUGACUCUGAACCCAGGGCUGAUGAGGACUCCACCAUGGGAACUUUUGACUUGAAAUCUCGGAAACGGGUCUUUACGUAUUUAUCACCAGAAAAGGAGGAGAAUCAUGAUGCCAAGAGAUCUUGCACUGAUAGGUGCAACUUGGAUCUCACUGGCUUUUCCACAGAUGAGGGCAACCAAAGCAAAUCCAGGACGGACACUGUACUUCCUGAGAAACCGGGACCAUGUGCGCUCAUAACUCUUGAGCAGCACAGUUGUGUAGGGGAUGAUGAUGUCUUCCUUUUGUCAGGCUCAACUCCACCAGUGAAGAGCACGCUCUCCGCUAGCAGCCUUCUAGCACUGACCCAGUCUCCACUGCUGUGCCAGGGACAGACGCCGCCAUCUCGGAGGAUGUGUGUUCAAGAAGAGGAAUCUGAUGCCUUCCAAAUUACUGCCAACCAGGAGCUGUCUCCAUUCCACAUCAUGGCGUCCAGGAAGCGUCCCCUUAGCAGGACUUACUCACGGAAAAAGCUGCUCAGCUGA